AUGGGCAAGAAGAAAUUCAUCAACAAAUAGAAUGCAGCUACUCUCAAAAUGGUUCAUUAACCAGGUGAAAAUAACCAAGGAGCCACAGACAUGAUUUGUUUCCAAAAAGUUAAUCAACCUGGUACUCAAAAUGAAUUAUCUGAACUCAUUGAAAAAGAACUCAACAAAGGCAAGUACGAUCCCAAUCUUAAGCCUCGAAUGCCUGAAAUCGAUCCUACAGAAGAUGCCUUACAUUUGGUCGCUGGAAGAGAGGACCUCUGGAUUCAUCAAUUGGCCAAAUAAAAAGCCCUAUAAGCAUUAAAACAGAAAUAAGAGUAAUUCCAGGAUGUGGUCAUGAAACAUUAUGAUGAAAACGGAUUACCUUUGGAUGGGUAUGACUACUCAUAGCAUCUUGCUCCAGAGAGACCCUAAGGAGAAGUGGAAUGUGUCUUUGUGGUUCCUGAAGAAGAGAGAUCCAAGGUUGUCUACGAUAUAGAUUUCAAAAGAGAAGAGUUAACAUAAGAAUAACAGGAGGUGUAUGAUCUAUUGAUGAAAGAAGAUGAAGAUGAUGAUGAAAAUAAUUAAGAAAAUUAAGAAGAAUUAGAUGAUGAUUUUGUUUCCAAUUUAAUACAAUAAAAUAAAUUACAACCAAUUUAAGAAUAGAAAGUAGAAUAGGUAUAAAAAGUGGAAAAGCUAGAAUAAGUAUAAAAAGUAGAAUAGAUAUAAAAAGCAGCAGAAUCUCCUAAAAAAUAAGUUAGAUUUUAAGAUCAAGAAGAAUCUGAUAAUGAUGAGGAUUAUGAGGAUGAAGAGGAAAUGGAAAUCACUUAUGAUAAAAAUAAAAUGAAUUAGAAAUCUUAAUAAAAAUAAUAGUAAUAAUAGAAAUAAUAAAAACAAUCCAAAUAAUAAUAAAGUGAUUCUGAUUCAGAAUUAGAAAUUGAUUCUGAUAUGGAAAGAGAAUUCGAAAGGGAGAUGAAUGCUUACGAAGCACCUGAUGAUGAAGAUGAUGAUGACCAACAAAAUAAAGAGUUUGUUAAUGAUCAAAUGCUUAAUAAAGUUAUAGAUGAUCAUCUGAAUACAAUGACUAAAAAGUAAUAAAAAAAGUCCAAAAAUUAACAAAAACCUAAAGAUCAACCUGAAGAAAAUGAAUAAUAAAAAGAAAAAAGACUUGAGUAUUUGAAAAACACAGAUUAUAAUGAAUAUUUGAGAUAAAAAUUCCCAAAUGCAGAUUUCUCAUAAUUCCAUCUUAAGAAGGAGGUACCACCUCUCACUCCAGAAGAAGAUAUCGCAUUAUAGAACUAUCUCAAUAGGGAUUCCACCGAUGAAGAAUGUCCUGACAUGGAACCUGCUGAAAAGUAUUAAGAAACUAUUGUUACUAAAUCUCUACAUAAUACCACCAUGUCCAAAAUGAAUCCAGAUUAAUUAAACAUAAUCAAAUAUAAAACUAAAGGGUAAAUCCAAUCGACCAAGGAGGAUAGGAUGAAACAAAAGGAAGAAGAAAAAAUUAAAAUUAAAGAAUUAAAGCAAGAGAAGGAGAAAGUCAAAGAGGCUGUUUGUGAAACUCUUAAAUAAGUAGUUAUCAAAAAAGAGGAAACUCCUGAAGAAAAGAAAUAGAGAAAGGAAUUAGUGAAAUAGUUGAAAUAAGCUUAAAAAGAGAAAAAGAAAGCAUUCAAAGACCAACUAUAAACUAUGUCAAAAAAACUAUAAAAAUAAAAAUUGGCUAAUAUCCAAAGUAACUAAGCAGAAGGUGUUUCGAUUGUUAAAAUUGCAUGAUUGUUAUAUUUUUCAUAUAAUCUAACCACAUUUUUAUUAAUACUUUAUU